AGGCGAAUCUCACCCACCGCGACCGCGUCCGACUCACCACUGAACCAGUCGACCUGGCUCAGUACCACCUUUCCUAGUUUCUUUCCCACGAAUUUUUAUGCACUCAGAGCUCUCUGACGUCCUCCACCACGCGUCCACCGAACCAACCGCGACCCAACCCGAAGCCACUCCUUCCCAGCAUGGACUCGAGUCUUACGAUGCGUCCCUCCCGCCGCUCUUGCCAGGGAGCGGCGCGGGAGGGCAGCCAGGCCCCGAGGGCGCUGUUGACGGACGCGACACCAAAUCGCGGUUGAAGACCAGCCCUCCGCCGCGCAACCGGAUCGAAGAAUACGAGAAUGCUCUGGCACCUUCGCCUCUGAAGAAGCCCGAGUUGCCCAUAUUCGAGGUCGUCAAGAAGAGCCGAAAGCCCGGCGACAAGAGCUCCGCCAUCGCGAAGCUGCCAAACGAAAUUUUGACGCACGCUCUUUCUCAUCUCCCGCCAAACGAUCUGUCCGCUGUGGCUCUCGUUUCUCACCGCUUCCAUGACCUCGUAACUACUCCCCACGCGUGGCGAGUCGCCUUCGCUCGAUACUUCCCCGGGCCGGAAUCGCUCACCGCGACUUCCGAUUAUCUGGCUUCGGAUGAAGACCAGGAUAACCUGCGGUCUGACAGAAGAGCGUUUGCUCGGCUUACUGCUCUGGCGUCAUGGAGGAGCGAGUACAUUCUGCGUACCCGCCUGUUACGGUCUCUGGGCCGCGGCAAGCCCAUGCCGUUGCCGAAUGCUUCGACAAACGCACGCUCGGGAGCUGCCCAGGUCCCAAGCGCCAUCAUCAUGUACAAUUCGCAGCUGUACACCACUGUGAAUCAUCUGCAUGCUACAUUUGGAACCGGGCUCAACAAGCGUCUUCCGUCCUUCAUCCACGGAGCCGACGAUGUUGGUAUGGCGUCAACCAGUGAGCCUAGUGCUGGCAAAAUUGAUAACUGGGGAUUGUCCGAUCCGCAGCUCUUCCUCCAAUUCGACGAGCUCCACCGAGGAGAUGCGAUGUGGGGUCUUGGCCCUGGCAAUAUCAUUGGCGUCCCUAACGUCAUGGAUGUUGGGCAACCCUAUGGUAUGGUGCAUGGAGAAGGAAAUCCCGGAGGCCGCAUUUACUAUCGUUCGACGGAGGAACUGCGGGGACGCUUUCUGUCACUGCCCAUGGAAAUGGAAUCACCGGAGUUGGGAAUCCCUCGUCUGUUGUCUACUACCGAGGCCAUAUGCUCGGUUUGGAUCGCCAAGUCGAACACGAUCCCUUCUUUGUCCGAUGGUCUUGUAGGCAUCAUGUGUGGUUCUUCCUCCGGUGUCAUCACGGCCUACAGCCUUGGGGCCGAUGGUCUGCGAGACUCUCGUCUUACCAGGGGCGAGAUUACGGCUCGAUGGGUCAUUAGCCCUGGUGUUCCCAUCAUCGCUCUCGCGGUAGAUGAUUCGUACUCGCCAAAGCGUCAAGCUCAAAACCGUAUCUGGUGCGUUGCUCUCAACGCGUUGGGUGAGCUUUUCUACCUUACCAAGCUCCCAAAGCGGGCACCUGUUGCUCGUGGAGCUCGUCUUGAUGAGCCCACUUUGGAACGGAUGGCCUGGACAACCGGUCGCACUGUUUACUGGAACGAAGUCGAACCCAGUCGCCGUGUGGCUCGCCCUAACCCGUACAAAGAUGCGGAGCUUGAUGGCACGUACUCUCCUCGGUCAUCUUGGAACGGCAUGUGCCUGAACCAGGACCAAAUUAAAGCUGAGACUAGAGAGAUCGAGUCAUACUUACGCAUGAAGCCUAUUGACUUUCGUAGAGCCUGUCUCGGUUGGGAUAUGAGAAGGCGGAUGGAAGUUGAUUUCGCGGGCGAUGACGGCAACUUUGCUGGAGAAAACAUAGUCGUCUUCCAAUGCGGGCUCGAUGAAGAAGAAGAUAGUACAGCUUCGGCGAAACGGUUCACACGCCUGAGGGUUUCUACUAAGCUGGAGGUCAAGCCUAGGCUGGUGGCUGAUGCUUUGGAGACGACUGAGCCGAUGUCAUCUCUCUUCGGUGGUUCGGAGCCGGUCUCAGCACCGAAACCGCCUCCAAUGGAGAGAUUGCGCAGUCUCUCCAUCCAAUCCUCGGCGACAGGCUCUCCGGAACGUGCGAAUAUGGCUGAGGAAUGGCGUUGCUCCGAUCUAGCAUUUGGUGGUGCAAAGAACGUCCAAGUUUUGACAACCACUCUUGACGUUUCCACGUACGCUACCAUGACGCUGUCCGAAGACCCUAUCUUUGGGUUUUCUGGAGCUUCGAACGCGUCUUCGCCAUUUGCAUCGCCGUUCUCGACUGGUAGCCAACCUGCCACACCCGCGGACGUACCCGGUCAACGAGCCCGCUUCGUCGCUGCAGGCACGCAAAUGGGCAGUGUCUUCCUGUGGGAUAUGCGUGCUCCGACUUCUAAAUCAACGGAGCUAACUAACACCGUGGAUCCGGUGCGCAUCAUCUAUACGGAUUCGCCUCAGAUUUCAUGCCUUGCUAUGACCGCACUCUAUCUCGUUCACGGCGGUAACGAUGGUCUUGUGCAAGCAUGGGAUCCGUUGGCAUCUUCUAUGCAGCCCAUUCGCACACUCAACUCGCGGUUUUCUUCUCGUGCUCGGCGUCGUUUGGUCCAGGCGCAGGCUUCCGCCCAAGGUGUGGGCAUUAACCUGUUCGCUGCUGGUGCCGUCUGUUUGGACCCGGACUCAACUGUUCUGCGCGGUAUGGUCUCACUUGGUACGCACCUCCGCUAUUGGAGCUACAGUUCAAGCGCCGCAGACCAGUACAAGACCAGCAAGCGUCGCCUGCGCCGCUCCGAACGCGGUAGCAACAAUGGCGGUGAGGGUCCGAAGUUCUCUGCCUCUGGUCGCUCGAAGAUCAAAGACUACAUUGCGCAUGAGCAAUUCGAGAUGGAGCGCGACCAGUUGCAGAGGCAGCGCGACGCUGAGCAUUUGGCUGGCCGGUUUGGCGUAGACCUUCUCGAUGAUGAAGAGCAAGCUCUCGCGUACGCGACGUUGCUUUCACAGGAGAGCGCUCAAAACGAUGCGGUGAAACGGCAAAGUCAAAGCCAAAGCCAGAGCCAAGCCAGCUCAGUUAUAAGCGACACACCGACAGUCUUGGCCACCGAGACUCCGUCAAGCAGUCCGCCAACAAAGAGCGAAGAGGAGCUCGACGCCGACAUUGCCGAAGCCAUCCGGCUCAGCUUGGAAGCAGAGGCCAACGACUUCCCAUCCUUCCCGGACGAACCCACGCCGACGGCUGUUCCGGACACGGCGUUUGACAUCCCAAUCCGCUACGCGAAGAGCCACCACAAGGCCUCGGGCGCGUCAUCGUCGUCGCGGCGCACGCCGCCCUUGGGCUUCGCCGAUGGCUUUGGCGCUGCUGCUGCUGCUGCUGUUGCGGGCGGCUCGAGCUCCGCCGGCAACGUCAUGGAUGCCGAUCUAGAGUACGCGCUGCAGCUGAGCUUGGCCGAGGAGCAGAGUCGUGCCGAGGGCAGGCGGCGCAUGAUGGAUGAGUUUGAGGACGAUGACGAGGACGGCGGUGUCGGGCUUGGGUUUGUGGGUGUUGAUGAUGAUGAUGCUGCUGCUGCUGCGGUAGGGAGAGAUGAGUUUCCGGCUUUGGGGCCGGCGAAGGGCUCGAAGGGGAAGCGGAGGGCUUGAGGGUUUGUGUGGGUUUGGGUUUCGGUGGGGGGUUGUGAUUGUGGUGGGUGGUUGGGAAGGAUGUUCUUGCUGUUGCUGCUUUCUCGUGGUUAGAUAGAUGAGAUACCUGCUGCCUGCUUUGCUUGCGUGGGAUGCGGGUUAUGUAGCUACUGUUGGUUGGUUGCAGGUGUCUGG